AUGAGCUUGGGCAAAUUCGUGGCCAAUGGCGACCGCGAGACCGAAAGUGUGAAGGACGACGUCCCCAGUGUGGAGAAGAGGGAGGCCGAGGUUCACCAACUGGCCAGAGAAUUCACAGAGCAGAAAACGUUUUCAACGACUGGCGAGAACCCCUUUUCAGCGGAGCCUGGAUCGACCCUGGACCCCAAUGGGGAACACUUCCAUGCCCGGGCUUGGUGCACGGCCAUGCUACAGAUGCAGACCGAGGACAAACAAGCGCAUCCACUCCGGACACUGGGUAUAGCCUUCAGCAACCUGAAUGUGCACGGUUUCGGUUCCGAUACCGAUUAUCAGAAGAGCGUUGGCAACGUCUGGUUAGAGACUUUCAGUCUGGCGAGGAAGGUCACAGGCCAACAUCAACGCAAAAUCGAAAUUCUGCAGAGCUUGGAUGGCUUGGUGGAGGCUGGAGAGAUGCUUGUGGUUCUUGGACCACCUGGAUCGGGAUGCUCGACUUUCUUGAAGACCAUCGCUGGAGAGACACACGGCUUUUUUGUCGACAAGAACUCGAAGAUCAAUUUCCAAGGUGUGAGCGCAAAGCAAAUGUCCACCGAGUUUAGGGGAGAAGCCAUCUACACCGCUGAGGUCGACGUCCACUUCCCUAAGCUCACGGUUGGAGACACUCUCUUCUUUGCUGCCCGGGCCCGAGCGCCACGCCACAUUCCCGGAGGAGCAACUGUGAACCAGUAUGCCACGCAUAUGCGAGACGUCAUUAUGGCCAUCUUCGGUAUCAGUCACACCAAAAAUACCAUCGUGGGAAACGACUUCAUCCGCGGUAUAUCCGGUGGAGAGCGCAAGCGUGUCAGUAUUGCCGAAGCCUGCCUUAGCAUGGCGCCGCUGCAAUGUUGGGACAACUCCACUCGUGGUCUUGAUAGUGCAAAUGCUGUCGAAUUCUGCAAGACUCUACGCAUGCAGACUGACAUCAACGGCGCCACGGCCUGUGUUUCCCUUUACCAAGCUCCCCAGGCUGCCUACGACCACUUCGACAAGGUCCUCGUUCUUUACGAAGGUCGCCAGAUCUACUUUGGUCGCACGACCGCGGCUAAGAAGUACUUCCUUGACAUGGGUUUCAUCUGCCCUAACCGACAAACUGACGCCGAUUUCCUCACUUCUAUGACUAGCCAUCUCGAGCGUGUCGUGCAGCCAGGGUAUGAAUACCGCGUCCCCCGGACGCCCGAUGAGUUCGCGGCAAGAUGGAAGGCCUCAGCAGAACGAGCACAGCUCGUGCAAGACAUUGAGAUGUAUAAUGCAAAGUUUGCACUCGGUGGUGAAUACCUGGACAAGUUCAAGCAAUCUCGGAGAGCUCAGCAAGCCAAGGCCCAGCAUGUAUCGUCACCCUACACUCUUUCAUACGUGCAACAGGUUAAAUUGUGCUUAUGGCGCAGUUUUCAACGAUUAAAAGGUGAUCCUAGUAUCACAGUUUCUUCGUUAAUUGGAAAUUCCAUCAUGGCUCUCAUCAUCGCCAGUAUAUUUUACAACCUCAAGGCCGAUACCAACAGCUUCUUCCAGCGCGGUGCUCUCCUCUUCUUUGCUGUUCUCAUGAAUGCGUUUGGUUCCGGCCUUGAAAUGCUCACUCUUUAUGCUCAACGGGCAAUUGUGGAGAAACACUCUCGAUAUGCCCUCUACCACCCGUCCGCCGAAGCAUUUGCAUCUAUGUUGAUGGAUUUGCCCUAUAAGGUCCUCAACGCUAUCACUUACAAUUUGGUUCUCUACUUCAUGACAAACCUGAGGCGUGAACCUGGUGCCUUCUUUUUCUUUGUAUUCACCUCAUUCGUCCUGACUCUAACGAUGUCUAUGUUCUUCCGGUCCAUUGCAUCAUUGACAAGAUCCCUCGUUCAAGCCCUGGCCCCCGCUGCGAUUCUAAUUCUGGGUCUCGCCAUGUACACCGGAUUCACCAUUCCGGUACACUACAUGCUUGGAUGGGCCCGCUGGAUCGCCUAUAUCAAUCCCAUCAGCUAUGGCUUUGAGUCUCUAAUGAUCAAUGAGUUCCACAACCGCGACUUCAUCUGUGUCAACUACGUCCCGUCAGGUCCUGGCUACACGGAUGUCGGAACUCACAACCGUGUUUGCUCCACAGUUGGAUCAGUGCCUGGGCAGCCCUACGUCAAUGGCGACGACUACAUUGAGUCGGCUUAUGGCUAUACCGCCUCGCACAAGUGGAGGAACAUCGGCAUUAUAUUUGCCUUCAUGUUCGCCCUGAUGGUUGUCUAUCUGAUUGCUACCGAGUUCAUCACCGAAAAGAAGUCGAAGGGCGAGAUCCUAGUCUUCCGUCGCGGGCACAAGGCCCUGAAGAAGAGCAAGUCAGAGGACGAUGUCGAAGGCGGUAGUAGCCGCAGCAUUGCUGUGAAGACCCAAUCGGACGGCAUUGCCAUCAUCGAACGCCAGACUGCUAUCUUCCAGUGGAAAGAUGUUUGCUACGAUAUUAAGAUUGGAAAGGACCAUCGCAGGAUUCUUGAUCAUGUUGAUGGAUGGGUCAAACCGGGUACCUUGACUGCACUGAUGGGUGUCUCUGGUGCCGGAAAGACCACACUAUUGGAUGCCCUAGCUACCCGCACCACUAUGGGUGUUAUCACUGGAGAGAUCCUUGUCGAUGGCAAACCCCGCAAUAACUCCUUCCAGCGCAAGACCGGCUACGCUCAACAACAAGAUCUGCAUUUGAACACCAGCACAGUUCGCGAGGCCCUUACCUUCUCUGCUCUUCUACGCCAGCCCGCUCACGUUCCUCGUCAAGAGAAGGUCGACUAUGUCACAGAAGUUAUCAAGCUCCUAGAAAUGACCGAGUAUGCUGAUGCCGUUAUUGGUGUACCUGGUGAGGGUCUCAAUGUCGAACAACGUAAACGACUCACAAUCGGUGUAGAGCUUGCCGCCAGGCCAGCUCUACUUCUCUUUUUAGACGAACCUACCUCUGGACUUGAUUCUCAGACAUCAUGGGCUAUCCUUGAUCUCCUUGAUAAACUGAAAAAGAACGGUCAGGCUAUUCUGUGUACUAUCCAUCAACCCUCUGCUAUGCUAUUCCAGCGAUUUGAUCGACUCCUCUUCCUGCAGGCCGGUGGUCGCACCGUGUACUAUGGAGAUAUUGGCGAGAACUCGCAAAUUCUUAUUGACUAUUUCGUCCGCAACGGUGGUCCCCCGUGCCCUCCUACCGCUAACCCCGCGGAAUGGAUGCUCGACGUUAUCGGUGCCGCUCCUGGAUUCCACACUGAUAUCGACUGGUACGAGACAUGGCGCAAGUCCCCCGAACAUGCACAUGUCCAAAAACAUCUCACCGAACUGAAAUUUGAACGCUCCCAGCUUGUCAACCCUGCCCACACUGUCUUGGGUAAGCGCGAGGACAAGGCCAGCUACCGCGAAUUCGCCGCUCCUUUCUACGAACAACUCUGUGAAGUCCAGACCCGAGUAUUCCAGCAAAUCUGGCGCUCACCCACAUACAUCUACUCCAAGACUGCACUAUGCGGCAGCUCGGCUCUCUUUGUCGGUUUCUCUUUAUACAAUACCCCCAACACGAUGCAGGGGCUUCAGAACCAGAUGUUCGCUAUCUUUAUGUUAUUGACUCUCUUUGGUCAGCUCAUCCAGCAAAUCAUGCCACAUUUCGUUGCCCAGCGCAGUUUGUACGAGGUCCGCGAACGUCCAUCUAAAGCUUACUCUUGGAAAGCUUUCAUGAUAUCGAAUAUUGUUGUUGAACUCCCCUGGAACACGCUCAUGUCUCUCAUUAUAUUCGUUUGCUGGUACUACCCUGUCGGUAUGUACCGCAACGCCGAGCCCACUGAUUCCGUCACGCUCCGCGGCGCGCAAAUGUGGCUCUUCAUCUGGACCUUUCUUCUCUUCUCGUCUACCUUUGCACACUUCAUGAUCGCGGCUUUCGAAACCGCCGAGAAUGCCGGUAACACGGGCAACAUGCUCUUCAUGCUCUGCCUCCUAUUCUGCGGUGUCCUUGCUACUCCCGCACAGCUCCCAGGUUUCUGGAUCUUCAUGUACCGCGUCUCGCCAUUUACGUACCUCGUCAGCGGUAUGCUGUCCGUCGGCAUCUCUAACACGAAAGUCAUAUGUGCGACAAACGAGUACCUGCACUUCGACCCGCUGAACGGUACCUGCGGCGAGUACAUGGAAGCAUACAAGUCCACCAUGGGCGGCUACGUCGAACACGAACUCGCAACCUCAAACUGCAACUUCUGCCCCAUCAGCGACACAAACGUGUACCUUACUUCUGUCUCAUCCAAUUACUCAGAUGUGUGGCGCAACUUCGGCAUUAUGUGGGUGUUCAUCGUCUUCAAUAUCUUUGCGGCAUGUGCACUGUACUGGUGGGUGCGCGUCCCGAAGGUUAAGAAAACGGCCACCAAGACUACCUAG